AUGACCCUCGAUGCAUUUUUGGAUGAAGCCAGAGCGCUCGAAGUGUCCGAAAAACAGGCGAAGGACAUUGAACCUUCGGAAAGUGCCAGUUCUGUGUUACCUCAGCCGCCAGAAACUCCUCAGAAAAAACGUUCGUGCUAGGAAUGCAGUGAAAGCUGGCCACACGAUCCGAAGAAAGGUUGACUUGCGCGAAAUCGUAAUCCACUGUGGUGUUCGUCACAAAUAUGGUUACUACGCGAAGUGUUGUCGUACAAAGUCGUCAAGUCAAAGCCGAUCUCCACUAAAGAAAAGAAAACCUCGCGAGCGCCGAAGUCGCAAGCCCAAACUUCCAAAGAAUGUAAAUCAAAUAGAUGCCACGUGCAUGCCACGUGAAACGUCGUCGUGUUCUGAUGACGGGUACGCGUUCUGGGCAGAAACGCCCGUCGAUAUGGUUAGUGCUCCGUUUGUCUCACUAAAAGUCAAUGGUGUCAAGUGCAAUUUCCUGGUUGACUCUGGAGCGAGUGAAAACAUUCUGAGCUUGAGUGCUUCAAAGGUGUGUAACGUGAAUCUGAAGUCUUGUGAUACUAGAGUGUAUGUCUACAACUCCAGUGAUCCGUUCCACGUUCUAGGCAAUUUCUGA